AGCUGCCAAACCAGUGUGUUAAAUGCCUCCAUCCCGUGUGUACCUCUAUCUACCUCCACAUACACGCACAUACACACACGCCACACGCACACAAGUAAACGUACACAGCCCAAACACGUACACAAGCACCCUGAGACCUUAAUCUAAAGCCUGAACCCUUAAAACAGCUUAGAAAAUGAGCGUAAAAGCCUGAAAUAAGCGUUAGAAGAGGAGGGACAAGUUGGGUGUGGUGGUGGGCCUGUUUGCCUCAAGUAACCAACGUGAUAUUUUUUUCUUAUUUUUGUGUGUUUUUAAGCUUAUUCAGUGCUUGGAAAGGAGUGAAAAGCUUGGAAAUGGAGAAGAGGAAGCUUGAUUUGUGAAGAACGCACAUCGCCUCUAAAGGAAUCGGAACCCACUUGACGUAGCAGGGACGGGAAGUCGGUGAGGUCAUCUGUUUGUGUUCUUGAAGGCGUUGAGGCCAUCAGGAAAACCCCAAACAAAGGAGAGUGGGAGCGCGCAGUAGAUGGUCACCCAGGAACCAUGGAAGGAACAGGGGAGAGUGGGGGGGCAUCUUCCCACCCCCCCAUAGCACCCACACCCACGGACCCCUCCCCAAUCCCACCCACGUCCUCAUCCUCCCCCUCCCGUCACCCCCAGGCCUCCAUUCCCCACCCCAAUGCCUCCCCAACCCGACCCAUCCCCACUUCUUCCCCCGCCCGUCACUCUACUCCACCUCACACCCCUCCACAAAAUGGUUCAGUACCCCAUGAAAAUCCCUCUUCCAGCCCCUCCCGUCGCAUCCCCACUCCCCAGUCUUCUCCCCAUCACUUCUCCAUUCCCCAAGCAACCCCUUCCCCUCCCCAUUCCCUCCUCAUAACCCCAGCACACCCCUCACCCCCACCGAACCUCAUGCUCGAAGGGGGGACUCAAGCAAACGGGGAGAAAACGGAGGAGGACCCAGCGUCUCUCCCUGUUCCUUCCGCCCCAACUCUCCCUCCUUCCCCAACUCUCCAGCACCUUCCCUUGCCUAGUGCCCCGAUAGCAGAGGAGGAGGAUGUAGGGGGGACCACACCAAGCACGCAGACAUCACCACAACGUCACCUACCCCAAGAAUUACCGAGAUACGAGGACAUGAAUUCUGACACCACGGAUAGCGCCUUCCCUCAUGCCUCGACGGAACGCGACCUCCCGCCCUACUCUCCUACCAUGGCCCCGAAGAAGGCUCAGAGGGUGCGCUGGGCGUCUGAAACAAGGCCUACGGAGGGAGAUGAGGGCCCUGAGAGAGUAAGGCCAAGAGCGGUGCGGAUUGGGGUGAAUUUGAUACGAGCAGCGAAGAGGUUGCUGAGUUUCCUGGGCCGUGUGGAAAGUCAUGGAAGGUUGUACAAGGGAGAGCUGGUCGAGAGAGCCAUUUUGAGGUACGAGCGGUGCUGGCUCCCCCUGGCGGCGGGCAGCGCGAAGGAGCCCAAGCUAUGCCUUCCGCCCCUGGACGUGCACUGGGUCUGGCUGGUGCACAUGCUGGCGCCGCAGCACUACCGCGGCGACUGCGAGGCCGUGGUGGGCAGGAUGGUGCCGCACAGACUGGUUGCUGAUAAGAGUAUGGAGGAGGCGAGAAGAAGAGGAAGAAUUCUAUGGAUGGAGAGGUACCCAGAUGAACCUUGGGAAGUGGAAGACUCGACCAUUACCACUACUACUACUACUACUACUACUACUACUACUACUACUACUACUACUGAUACUACUACUGCUGAAACGGACCCUACUUCUACUUCUACUCCUACUACUACAUCUACUAUUACUGGGUCCAAGAUAUCGUAUGACCUAAAAUCCGCUAUUGAGAGACAAGGAGCGUUUUAUUAUCAGGUGUCCCUCCCACACUACAGCCACAAGGGCUUUCUAACGCGAGCUGAGUGGCGGUACAGACGUUUCCUGGCCCUGAAGAAGGUCCACCCAACCCACUUUCUGGUGCCAUGCUAUGAUAUGGACCUCCUCUGGCACACACAUAUGAUGCACCCCGAGGUAUACCACAGGGACACAGAGGCGCUACUGGGGAAGAUUCUGCCUCAUGAUGACUCCGUGAAUGACAGGACUCCCGGGUCAAGACUCAUCACCUCAGACGAGCACACACGUACCCUCUGGAGCCGCGCCUAUCCACACACCUUCAGGAGAGACGGAGGCAUGUACCGAGGUGACCCGCCCUGUACCUAUCUCCACCAGGUGCCCGAGGAGGUGCAGGAGACGGUCCAUGCCACUCUCUACCACUGCCAGGUGUUGAAGUUGACCAUCAAGGGGAAGGCGCCAGACGGGCCACUACGAAUAAAAAUCAAAAUAGAGGGACGUCAGGUAGGCGACAUCAGUGUGUUCCACCAAGAGCAGGUAACGGAGCACAACGUAGCCGACCUGGAUGUCAUCUUCUCCGUCCACGAACAGAUGCUCGGGGAAUGGAUGGUCCUCAAAAUGUCCCCCAAAAGGAAGCUGUGUCGCCUCAUGAAGUUUUUUGGCAAGGGCGAUUUCUGGGGGAUGUCGUACUUCAAUGAGCUGGCCGAUGUCAAGACGGAAGGGACGAUUGUUAAGGAGUUCCAGGACAGAGGUGCCAUAGUACAGGUGACCCUACAGGUGACCCCAACCCGAACCAAUGCCUAUGUGCCUAUGGGUGUCAUGACGGGGUCCUUCAUGCCCACUGUACUUGACCAGGCCCAGCUCCGGGGCACCCAGGGCAUUACCACCUCGGGUCACGAAGCUCAGAGUGACCUGUUUCUGGCGGAGAUGGCAACGCAUAUACUCAUCAACGAAAGCAUCCAGAGCAAGCCGUCACUCCUUAAGGCCAACGUCACCCACUCACGACACCUGGCCAUGUCCUCUGUGCAACUCCUGGUCCCCUGCGGCACUGGCGAUGUGGAGGUGGCACUCGCUCACACCCUGGACCCCAAUACCCUGCCAUCCCCUGCUGCGCUGAAGUGCCGUGACCCGCAGAACCAAAGCCUCCUGCGGCCCAUGUGUGACUACAGCGGGGGGGAGCGCGCCAUGGUCAUCAAGACACACAGGGGGGACUGGGCCGUGCUGGUGGGGUACUGGAAGGGGCUGCGGCCUGGCAUACCCGGCACCCCAAUGAAGCGUGGUAUCCCGGGCAGCCCUGGGCACUUGGAGGUCAGGUUCCACUGCCCGCCGUCCAGCCCGGCCAUGGUGCUGCGCCUGCCCUAUGACCGCCAGUACUUCUCCUACGCCCUGCAUGACCUGGAGAUGGACAUGCAGAAGGGGAUACUCAAGGUUAGCGCCCGAACUGAGGAGUGGGCUGAGAACAUCACUCUGGGCCUCAGCCUCACUAUCCUGCACAUCCUCUGUCAGCCGCGCAUGGCAGACCAAACAUACGACUCCGUGGACGGGUGUGGCCCCAUCCCCGACCCUGUCACAUGCCCCCGACGCAUCCCAGUGGAGACCCUAAAGCUCCUGGGUGCUAUGGGGUUCUUCUGCGCCGCUGCCCCGACGAACGCGCUGCGGAGACGCGAGAACGCAGACACCACAACAACUGCCUGUACAUUAGGGGUGAUCGGCGGGAACGUGGCGGCUGGGUGUGGUGCGUGUGGCGGCUGUGGCGGGUGUGGGGGCGGGGAGUACUAUGCGGCCCUCAGCGCUGACUCCGGGGGAUGGCUGAAGGGCUACGAAGGGGACUGCGGGACUGGGACUGGGGACUUUGGAGGUGGCGGGGACACGGAUGGCCUUGGCUUUGAUCCCUUCACCCAUAUCUUCUCCAUGGCUGACACAGGUGGUGAUGGUGGUGAUGGUGGAGGGGAUGGGGGUGGGUGUGGUGGGGGGUGUGGAGGGUGUGGGGGGUGUGGGGGGUAGGGAGGGGGUGGAGGGAAUGUUAGUGUGUGAACUGGAGAAGGGAAUUAGUAUGAUUAGGUUAGGUUAGGUAAGACUAGGUCAGGUUAUGUUAGGUCAGGUUGGGUUAGGCUAAGCUAGGUUAGGUUAGGGGUGUAUUGGGUUAGGCUAGAUUAGGUUAUAUUAGGUUAGGUAUGAUAAGGCUAGGUAAGUUAGGUUAGGGGCACAAUGGGUUAGGAUAGGUUAGGUUACAUUAGGUUAGGUAUGAUAAGGCUAGGUUAGGUUAGGUUACGUUAGGCUAGGUUAGGGGAAUAUUGGGUUAGGCUAGGUUAGGUUAUAUUAGGUUAGGUUUUGUUAGGUUAGGUUAGGGGCAUAAUGGGUUAGGCUAGGUUAGGUUACAUUACGUUAGGUAAGGUUAGAGUAGGUUAGGGGUGUAUUUGGUUAGACUAGGUUAAGUUACAAUAGGUUAGGUAUGGUUAGGCUAGGCUAGGUUAGGUUAGGGGCAUGUUGGGUUAGGCUAGGUUAGGUUACGUUAGGUUAGGUUAGGUUAGGCUAGGCUAGGAUGGGGACUUCAUUUCAAAGGGUGUGGGAUAUGGGUAGCUGUAAGGGAGGGCAGAGGGUGGGUAAUGCAUAAUGGGGCAGAGGUAUUAGUUCAAAAAGAUUUCAGCUGUAUAAAUUUAAUGGGGGGAAGCGGAGGGGCCAGCUGUUACAAAAGAUAGACAGCUGGUAAUGGGAUGGGGGCAGCUGUGAAUGUAGGGGAACAAAAUGGGUGGAAGAGUUAGUUCAAAGAGCAUUUCAGCUGUACAUAAACUUGAUGGGGGAAUGGCAGGGUGACUGUGACAAAGGAUAGCUUGAAACGAAACAGCGAUGAGUGGAAAUGCUCGUUCAGAUAUGGUUUCCGCUGUAUAAAGUUAAUGGGGGAAAGAGAGGCAGGGUAAUUGUGUCAAAGGAUAGCUAGAAAUAGAACAGGAAAGGGUGGAAAUGGUAGUUCAAAUAUGGUUUCAGCUGUACAUAAGGUUAAGGGGGAUAGAGAAGCAGGGUAACUGUGUCAAAGGAUAGCUAGAAAUGGAACAGGAAAGGGUGGAAAUGGUAGUUCAAAUAUGGUUUCAGCUGUACAUAAAGUUAAUGGGGGAAAGAGAGGCAGGGUAACUGUGUCAAAGGAUGGCUUGAAAUGGAACAGGAAAGGGUGGAAAUGGUAGUUCAAAUAUGGUUUCCGCUGUAUAAAGUUAAUGGGGGAAAGAGAGGCAGGGUAAUUGUGUCAAAGGAUAGCUAGAAAUGGAACAGGAAAGGGUGGAAAUAGUAGUUCAAAUAUGGUUUCCGCUGUAUAAAGUUAAGGGGGAAAGAGAGGCAGGGUAACUGUGUCAAAGGAUAGCUAGAAACGAAACAGCGAUGAGUGGAAAUGGUAGUUCAAAUACGGUUUCAGCUGUACAUAAGGUUGAGGGAAAGAGAAGCAGGGCAACUGUGACAAAGGAUAGCUAGAAACGAAACAGCGGUGAGUGGAAAUGGUAGUUCAGAUACGGUUUCAGCUGUACAUAAGGUUAAGGGGAAGAGAAGCAGGGCAACUGUGACAAAGGAUAGCUAUUAAUGGGGAGCUAGUAAUGGGAGAAAGUGUUAGUUCAAAUAAGGUUUCGGUUCUAUAAACUCGCGCGUGGAGAGGGCAGUACAUUGUUUGCAGGUCAAUAUUCAAGGGUAUUUAAGAGCCUAUGUCAACUAAUGUGCCUUCAAGAGAGGGUUGGGGAUCUUUUUUCAUCUCUCGAGACACAUGUAGGCGGUGUAGGAAAUUGAUUUAUGCACAUAUGAGGCGUCUUGAACCAAAGGGGAACGGAUGGUAUUUUUGUUUCCGAGUUCUGGCUAGUGUUGUAUAGGUUAGGUUAGGUUAGGUUAGGUUAGGUUAGUGUUUUUACAGCCAGUUGAGGAAGCAGCUUAAGGUGUUUUGAACCAAAGGGACACGGAUGGUAUUUUUAUGUUUCUGAGUUCUGGCUAGUGUCGUAUAGGUUAGGUUAGGUUAGGUUAGGUUAGGUUAGUGUUUUUAUAGUUAGUUGAGGAAGCAGGUUAAGGUGUCUUGAACCAAAGGGACACGGAUGGCAUUUUUAUGUUUCCGAGUUCUGGCUAGUGUCGUAUAGGUUAGGUUAGGUUAGGUUAGGUUAGGUUAGUGUUUUUAUAGCCAGUUGAGGAAGCAGCUUAAGGUGUCUUGAACCAAAGGGACACGGAUGGUAUUUUUAUGUUUCCGAGUUCUGGUCAGUGUCGUAUAGGUUAGGUUAGGUUAGUGUUAGUGUUAGUGUUAGUUUUUAAAGUAAAGGAAGGAGCUCAUCAUCAAAAGCAAAUAAGUAAUAAUGCCUGAAUGUUUAAAAUAGCCUGAAUAAGUAAAAAAAAUGUUAUGGGUAGUGUCAAAUAGGUUGGCUUAGGUAGUGUCAUACAGGCAUAACCCUCGCCUUUUGAACAGCAUAGGUAGGCAAGGGAGAACAGACCAUUUUGAGGGUGUACUUAAGGAUCAAAACGCUGAAUCAUAGGUUGGGUUAGGUUAGUGUUAUACAGGCAUAACCCUCGUCUUUUGAGCAGCAUAGGUAGGCAAGGGAAAAUAGACCAUCUGGAGGGCGUACUUAGUGAUCAAAAUGAGCAAGAAAUCAAUAAAAACAAGCUCGGGACACAUUAGGCUUGAUCUUGAAACUCACUUUUGUCGUCUAUGUCCCCUUUGGUAUCGGACGUCUCAAAUACUAUAGGUGGUGAGGGAAAUAGAUUUACACGCACACUCAACUUGCCGAAUAAACUCCUUCUGCGCCAUCCCAGCUUUUGCCAUUAUAUUCUAGCCUUUCCCAGCAUCCACCAAUCACACGCCGCCUUACAGAGAAGGGGCGUGGCUUGUGCGUGGAUGGGCCAAUCACACACGCUUAUCAGGGAAGGGGGAGGGGCUUAUCCGCCAAGGUUGAGUGAAUGGUGUUGUGUUGCGAUGGUUGUUGUUCUACGUGCUUUCCGAAACUUGAAAAUACCUUAAAAAAUACGUGGAAAUUAUGCUUUUAUUCAUUUUUUUUUGCUGCUUCGAGAUCUUGUUCACUCUCACACCACCACUACCACCACUACCACCACCACCACUACCGCAAUGAAACACAAAGCCUUCGUCAGUUAUAAAGACGCCAAGACAUAUAUUUAUUUUACCGCUUAAACAUAGACUUAGAAAACCCGAGUGAGUGAGCGAGGUGCGGGCUACUACUGUUAUCCGCCACGCACUCCAUGACAGGACAACGCACCCGGACGGACACAAAGUUGUUAUCUCGUAUAGUCACAAAGUUUCUAUUAUAUCAAAGACGAGUAUAUUUAAGAUGCUGUAUUUUCGUAGCGGACCGAUUUAUAACGCUUUUAAUGUUGCCGCCGAUGUUAAGGAUUAGUUUAUAUUUUGUUUGUGUGGUGAAUGUGAUGUUGGAAGUGAGGUCCGUUGAUCUGAAUUCUGCUGAUCCAAAAAUUCUGUUCAGCUAAAUUCUGCUCAUCCAAAAAUUCUGUUGAUCUGAAUUCUGCUCAUCAAAACAUUCUGCUGAUCCAAAAAUUCUGUUCAGCUAAAUUCUGCUCAUCCAAAAAUUCUGUUGAUCUGAAUUCUGCUCAUCAAAAAAUUCUGCUGAGCCAAAAAAUCCAUUAAUAUAAGUUCUGCUGAUCCAAAAAUUCUGCUGAGCCAAAAAAAUCCAUUAAUAUAAGUUCUACUGAUCCAAAAAUUCCAUUAAUGUAAAUUCCAGUGCUUUGAAAAUUCCAUUAAUCUAAAUUCCAGUGCUUUGAAAAUUCCAUUAAUCUAAAUUCCAGUGCUUUGAAAAUUCCAUUAAUCUAAAUUCCAGUGCUUUGAAAAUUCCAUUAAUCUAAAUUCCAGUGCUUUGAAAACUCCAUUAUAGUCCAAACUCAUGACUUCAGAAUAUUGCAAUCUCGUAAUAUUCAGUGCAUACAAACACAUUUAUGCCGAUCAUUUUUAAAUUCACAGGUUUAUUAGUUUGAAAAAUCCCCAAGUCUAUGAAAAAAUGUGAUGCUGUUCAAAACUAAUGUACAUUUUAGCACAUUAACAGCGAUACAGACAUUUUUUAUCGGUUUACUCGUUCGAAAAAAUCCGCAGAUCUGAACAAAUUGUGACGCUAUUCAAAUUGACGGACUUUUUUACCGUAUCGUGAAGCGGAGAGAGAAUCAUUUUACCGCCUCCAUGGACCCACUGCAGACAAAUCCUCUUAAUAUAAUCAGUAUGUGUGUUUAGGGAAAGGUGAUCUCAUUUACAAGUCAAUUCCACAAGGCUAUAUUAUUCAUUGAGUAGCAAAGUAAUAGUAGUAGUAGUAGUAGUAGUAGUAGUAGUAGUAGUAGUAGCAUCCAGUGUCUAAUCCUGGUCUUGCAAAUACUAUCGCUCAAAUAAACAUCGGCUUAAAAAAUCAAAUGUAUAUACAGUGUGUGAAAUGAGGGAGUGCAUAUAUGGAGGCUUGUCUGCAUGUGUGUUUACUGUUAACUUAAGCUCAUCGAAUAAAGAGUUGUGUUGGUAACGAUGUUGGUUGUUUAUAGUGUUAAGGAAGAUGGAGAUAGGAAGCCACAAAUUUGGGCCGUCGCUGGUACAUGGUAAAGCCACAAAUUUGGCCCGUCGCUGGUACAUGGUAGAGCCACAAAUUUGGUCCGUCGCUGGUACAUGGUAGAGCCACAAAUUUGGCCCAUCGCUGGUACACGGUAAAGCCACAAAUUUGGUCCGUCGCUGGUACACGGUAAAGCCACAGAUUUGGCCCGUCGCUGGUACAUGGUAAAGCCACAAAUUUGGCCCGUCACUGGUAAACGGUAAAGCCACAAAUUUGGCCCGUCGCUGGUACACGGUAAAGCCACAAAUUUGGCCCAUCGCUGGUACACGGUAAAGCCACAAAUUUGGCCCGUCGCUGGUACACGGUAAAGCCACAAAUUUGGCCCAUCGCUGGUACACGGUAAAGCCACAAAUUUGGCCCGUCGCUGGUACACGGUAAAGCCACAAAUUUGGCCCGUCGCUGGUACUGGGUUAAGGAUCACAAGGUUAGGAAGGAAAGAGUCGAUUGUGUCAUUCUUUAUAAACAAUUAUCUACACAUUUCUACACACAGCAAGAAAUACCUGAGCAAAGAAUUA